UGAUAACUGCUGCUGGUCAAUCUCUCUUUUAUCGAAUUCUCGACAAUUGUGCUGAGCGUUUGUCGGUCAUUGUUUGCGUCUUCCGCAGAACAACUGAAUCGUGUUCUAUCUCUCCUGAAACUGUGCGCGAAGAAGAACUGGUUUCCACUUCGAAAACGGUGCAAUGGACAACGCAUAUACCAUGAAGAGUGGUAGCAGAUAUGCGCCUGAGAUUCAUCAUUCCAGAAGCUCGUCAGAUGGAAUGCAAAAUGUCGAAAAGUCAAUCGACCGAGAUGAGCAAGAAAUGGCGAGGCUCGGAAAACGCCAGGAAUUGCGACGAAACUUUGGCUUUAUGAGCAUGCUUGGAUUUUCUUGCACGCUUAUGAUAACAUGGGAGGGACUGCUGACGGUCUUCGUCUAUGGACUUACUGACGGCGGUCCCGCCGGACUCGUGUAUGGCUAUCUCUUCUGCUGGCUGGGCUAUUUUACCGUUGUGGCUUCCCUGGCCGAAAUGGUGUCGAUGGCACCGACGGCAGGUGGCCAGUAUCACUGGACAUUCCUCUUUGCACCAAAGUCGUGUCGCAAUUUCCUUUCCUUCGUCACUGGUUGGCAGUCUGUUCUUUCGUGGCAAGCUUGUCUCGCAUCGGCCGCUUACCUGGGUGGCACAAUCAUUCAGGGAUUAUUGGUGCUCAACUACCCGAAUUAUGACUUCAAAAGAUGGCAUGGAACUUUGCUGCUUUUUUCAGUCAUCUUGUUGGCCUUGCUCUUCAACACCUACCUUGCAAAGCAGUUGCCCAAAGUCGAGGGAGCAGUCUUGAUUGUGCAUAUUGUUGGAUUUUUCGGAGUCCUCAUCACUUUGGUAUACCUUGCACCACAUGGGACUGCACACGACGUAUUCAUCAAGUAUCUCAACUCGGGAGGAUACAACAAGGGAACCUCAUUCUUCGUGGGCCUGAUAACAACUGUGUUCGCAUUUGUGGGAGCAGAUGGAGCUAUACACAUGUCUGAAGAGAUCAUCAAUGCUUCCACGGUUGUACCGAAUUCCCUCGUAGCCUCAAUCGGCCUGAAUGGGGUGAUGGGAUUUGCCAUGCUGAUCGCUAUUCUCUUUUGCAUUGGAGACAUCGACAACGCCCUUUCUUCGCCAACGGGGUUUCCCUUCAUUGAAAUCUUCCGUCAGGCUGUCAAUACCAAUGGCGGAGCUACAGCGAUGACUGCCAUUGUCUUGUCUCUGAUGAUUUUUGCAACUAUUGCGGUAUUGGCGGCGGCCUCCAGGAUGAUGUGGGCUUUCUCCCGGGACAAUGGGUUACCUGGUUCGCGUUAUCUGUCUCGAGUUGAGCCUCGAACAAAGUUGCCCCUGUACACAGUCGGACUUUCAGUCCUCAUCACCAUGCUGUUGGGUUUGAUCAACAUCGGCUCCAGCGCAGCCUUCAAUGCCGUUGCCUCGCUCGUUGUCUCGGGCUACCUCUCAAGUUAUACCCUGCCAAUGAUUUUGAUACUGCACAAAAAGAUCUUCAACCCAUCCUCCAUCCAUUAUGGGCCAUGGACCUUGGGGCGACCAUUUGGUAUUUUUUGCAACAUUUUCGGACUCUGUUGGAUCGCGAUCGUUAUGGUGUUCAGCUUCUUCCCAUCCGUCCGUACGGACCUGACUCUGCAGACCAUGAAUUGGUCUUGUCUUCUGUGGGGGGGUACCAUGAUUAUCGGAAUCACCAGCUAUUUUGGAUAUCUUCGAGGCCGUUAUAAUGGUCCAAUUGUUGAAAGGGACAUUAUUGACCAAGUUCAUGGAAUUGGAGCGUAACGACCGAGUGAAGGAUCGUCCGUAUCUUGGUGGGCUCUAGCCUCUACGCAUUGGCAUCCAUGGCCCUCGAACUUCAUACCUUUCUCAAGAGAUCAAUAACUUCCACAAUAAUGAGGUCUGUCCCAU